AUGACAAUGGAAGAUCGCACGGGUGGCAUCGACCGCGCCGCCCCCGCGACCUCAACACCGACCACGACAGCGCUGACGUCAGCAUGUCCAACGUCCAUCAGCGACGUCACACCCGACGCUUCGUAUCCCCUUCAGCGAACCAGCAAGCGCUCUUUUGAUGUCGCCUUCCUGGUAGCACCUGAUGAGAACCUAGUACGUCGUCAAAGUGAGAAACUGCGACUGGUAACCAGCCGGAAGGAUCGUCCGCGAGACGACAUCUCCGUGGACGUUCUGGACACUGACAGACUGCCGCAGAACCUCACAAUCAAGCACUACGACAACGAUUCCGGCGGUUCGGACAGGAGGAGAUUAUUGCACUACACCGAAAAUUCUCUGAGUCCACCUUACGUAUCCCCGAGGACUCUGACGCCAACUUUGCCGGGACUAUCUCCGGAUUCCGACGGAAGAAGAUACGCGCCGGCUGGUGGUAGGCUUCCGAAGACACCGAGUCCGCCUACCUUCGUUAGUCAUCAACCUAUGCUCUCCGCCUGUCCGGAGUCGCCGGAUUCUUCGGUCUUGGGUUGCGCGAAAGUCUACGACACCGGUAUAUCCUGCGGGACUGAUCGUCACGGUGAGUCCCGCAGUGCCUUCACCAAAGUCAACUUGGUGAGUCAGCGAAACGGCUUCAAUGACGACGGCCAAACGUCACCUAGAUCAUCCAUAUCGCCGGACGACCGCGCGAGUUAUCAGAGUAGCGUCAGUCCACCUGUGGUGUCGUUGCCCGGCGCAACAAGCUACAAGUACGCGCCGUUUCCUACCAAGAUGGCGUAUCCCUUCUUAACAGUCGGGACGGAAACCGCUCAGACGGGGUUGCUGGAAAAUCUGAAGAUCCCACAGAUUGCUCAGCCGCCCAAAGUGCCCAGUCCGAAGGUACCAGCUUUUCGACCGGAUCUGCCGCCGGUCUAUCCUAAUCUUCCUUACAAUCCUAUUUCUGUGUUUCCGCCAAUGGCCGAUGCACUUGCCAGACCGAGAUUUCUGGCCACAGCCGCCGGGGUAGCUGGUCUUCUACCGCCGUCGCUGGCUGCUCUGACUCUGCCGGCGCAGAACGUCUGCGCCAAGUGUAACCUGUCGUUUCGUAUGACUUCCGACCUGGUCUACCACAUGCGCUCUCAUCAUAAGAACGAGAACGCCGGCGAGGCGGCUAGGAGGAGAAGAGAAGAAAAGCUCAGAUGUCCCGUUUGCGACGAGAGCUUCCGCGAAAGGCAUCACCUCACCAGGCACAUGACUGCGCAUCAAGACAAGGAGAGCGACGGCAUCGUCGAUCAGGUCGAGGUAAAGAGAAGAGCUACUCCCGUUCACAGUAAGUGACGCCGAAAAUUGCCGACCGAGAAUAAUAUUCUGACGGCUGGCUAUUCCUUUGAGAAUUGAAUUGCUGGAACAGCGCGUCUUUUUUUUUUUUUAGAUAAUGAUGAUGAAAAGUCAUUGUCCGUUUAUCAUUACGCGUUUGAUUAGAUUAAGAAAACAAUUAAAGCUUUUUACAAAAUAAAAAGAUUUGAAAAGUACGUAUCACAAAAUUAUGCAAG